AUGCCUUGUUCACUUUUAUUUACAAAUCGUCGAGAAUUGAAGCAAUAUUUUGAAGUUUAUGAUCGUUGUUUAAAAGAUUAUAAUCGGUAUUAUGAUUAUGUAUUUAAUAUGUCAAAUGAAGCCGAAAUUAAUUUAUUUUGUUUUGGUAUUCAAAAUCAAAAACAGAUUAAGUAUUUAAUUGAUCUAUUAUGUCAAACAUGGAAGGGUUUAGAUCACGAUAUUAUAUAUAGUUUAACUGGUUAUUUUUUUACUUAUUCACAACAAAAAGAAGCAUUACUACGUGUUGUAUUUUCUUAA